AGCCAGUGUGGUCGGUAAACGUACGGCGCACUAUUUCCCCACAUUUUGUCUUGAUUGUAUAUAUGUGGACGUGUUUAUCGUCUAUUCAUUAGACGAAUACUCAGCACGUUAUGGAUCGGAAAGGCUGUUUUAGUGCUGGGCUGAUGCUGAGCUAUUGUUUCUUUGUCCUCUUUGCUCAAACCGCUUUGGGUGACGUGAGCUAUUCCUUUCCGGAGGAGAUGAAACGCGGAUCUGUGAUCGGAAAUAUAGCCACGGAUCUGGGACUCGAUGUGAACAGACUGGCAGCUCGUAAGGCUCGUAUUGAUACUGAAGGAAACUCCUUCAUGACUGAGAUGGUGCCCAAAGCUGCCCAGUCAGGCUCUCUGGUGUCCAAGGUGAUCGCAGUGGAUGCGGACUCUGGUCAAAACGCGUGGCUUUCUUAUCACAUAGUGAAAGCGACUGAUCCAGGACUUUUCACUAUUGGUGAGCACAGUGGAGAAAUCAGGACGCAGCGGGACAUUUCUGAAUCUGACAGUACAAAGCAGAAUCUCAUUGUUUCAGUCAAAGAUAACGGACAGCCUUCACUUUCUGCAACCUGCGCCGUCUAUUUACUCAUUUCUGAUAACUUGGCUGAGAUUCCUGAACUGAAAGACAUGUCUUAUGAUGAGAGCAGCUCCAAACUGACUUUUUAUUUGAUCAUCGCGCUGGUGUCCGUCUCUACUUUCUUCCUCACCUUCAUCAUCGUCAUCCUGGCCGUGAGGUUUUGUCACAGGAGGAAGCCCAGACUGCUGUUUGAUGGAGCUGUGGCCAUUCCCAGCGCGUAUCUCCCUCCAAAUUACGCAGAGGCGGAGGGAGCGGGAACUCUCCGCAGCACCUACAAUUACGAUGCGUAUCUGACCACAGGAUCACGAACCAGUGACUUCAAGUUCAUCACUUCAUAUAAUGAAGGAGGAACCCUGCCUGCUGACCUGACUCUGAAGAAGACUGAUUGCAUUGUGGAUGAUCUAACAGGACUCAAUGGUGAUUCUGCUCAGGUUCAGUAUACAUUAUAUUAA